AUGGAAACAUAUAGCAAGUACUUAAAAUAUACAACAUCAGGAGGGUUGGGAAACAAGGAACUGUACAAAAUUUCAAAUGGCCUUUAUGUUUCACAGCUACGAGAAUUAUCAGUAGCAGAUUACAUAAUAUGCAAAGAGCAGAACUGUAACAAAUUACAUAAUGUGAAUGGAGGCGUAUCUGUAUGCAGUAAGUGUUGUGGUCUUGUCAGUGUCGCAAAGGAAAUUCAAGAAAAAGGAAUGGUCAAAGUUAGUGAGACAUUCAAGAAGUAUUUCAGUGGAAAUACGUACUCAAGUGAAAAGGCAGUUCGAAAGUUUAUGAGCCUUCCAGUCGUUAUUUUUGAGUUAGGUGACGCCAGUAAAGGAACACAAACACUGUACAUGAUAGAACGACAUCCUGGAGUUGAUUACAUUAAAUACGUUGAGUUACUCAGGUCUGCUAGUGGUUCUAUAGACACUAGCUGUUCUUCAAAUAGCAUCAACAAAGAGAAACUUAAGGCCUUGUGUGAAUUGGCAUCUUCCGAAAAAGAUAGAAAACUUAUAAAAUACGCUAUGUGUGGAGAUUUAUCGAACAAAAAAGCCAAGAAGUAUGGACUUUCUGACUGGAACAGGCAAAAGGAUGAAAUAGAAAGUUCUCUAGAAAGGAGUAAAGAAAUAAGGGAAGCAGUAAAUGAGCUAGCUUGCUUAGAAGAAAAGACUGUUCUCAGAAGUUAUGGCAUUGAAAUUGAAAGUGACAAUGAGAGCCUUAUCUCCAGAGAAUCUGGAGAAUCCUGUGAUUGGGACAGUGAGAAAGAAAGCGAUUCAGAGGAAGAAUCAGAGGGUGGUCAAACUAACAGUGAAAGAGAAAUGGCAGACUGCCGAUUAGACAGACAUUCUGAAGAGUACAACCUUGAUCCUGACAGAGUACAAAAGGAAAGUACACCACUUGUUUCUGAUGUGCCAUCAUUUGAUCAUUUAGUGUUCAUUUUGCGACAAAAUAAUCUGAAUUGGUUUUCGUUUGUUGAAGAAAUAAACUCAACUAUUCGCGGCCUCUCUGCUGAGGCAAUGAACCAGGUCUUGAUUGACUUUGCCCACUACUUGCCUGUAAGUGACUUGAGCGACGAUGAAGAGAGAAAAGUGGAACAUUCACGACAGUCAUUUCUGCUAUACUACAGAGAGAAAAGAUAG